AUGGAACAAGUUGAAGAAGCUGGCCUCGAAGAGCGCCUCAAGUCCGCCCUCUGGCUGUCCAUUGGCAAGAUUGUGGACGAGGAAACCAUCAAGCUAGGUGUUAAUGCAACACCUCAGUUUAUCGGUGCUUUGACGGAGAUGGUGUGGUCCCAAAUUGAAACCGUCAGCCAGGACCUGGAGUCGUUUGCCAAACACGCCGGGCGAUCGACUGUUAACGUCUCCGACGUGAUGCUGCUCGCCCGCCGCAACGAGGGUCUGGAUUCUAUUCUGCGUGCAUUCAUGGAGCAGCAGCGCCAGGAAGGGUCUUGA